GGUUUUUAUCUCGGUGAAGGUUCAUUACGUUCCGAUCCGAUCUGAUCCGGGCGCUCCAUCUUCGACUGGAGAAGUACAAGCAACGAAACCAGUGGUGUCGCGUCGUAGUCUUCGUUAAAGCAGCUCCGGCUCCUUGAUAGAUAUUCCGGUUACGAAAUGCAGAAGUGGUUUUCAGGGUCCAGCGCCGGCGAUGAUGCUCGGCAGCAGCAGCAAACGACUGCCACGUCUUCUCCGUCUCUCUUGGCCGAUUGGAACUCAUAUGCUUCCACAAAAGCGUCUGAUGCCGACGGCGCGAGUAGUUCCCUCAUUGGCGCAUUCGAUCUCGAAGCUGCUGUGCGCUCCGCAAACGACACCGUCUCUGGUACUUUCAACGUAGUUUCAAAAGGAGUGAGAGACAUACCAGGGAGUUUGCAGUCUGCCACCAGUAAUAUUCCCUCUGGAAAAGCGCUCAUGUACUUUGGCUUAUUUCUAGCAACUGGAGUCUUCUUCAUUUUCAUGGCAUUUGCUUUGUUCCUUCCUGUUAUUGUGUUGAUGCCUCAGAAAUUUGCUAUUUGCUUCACUCUUGGAUGUUCUUUCAUCAUCGGGUCAUUCUUUGCCCUUAGAGGUACAAAGAAUCAGUUUGCCCACAUGUCAUCAAAGGAGAGACUUCCUUUUACACUGGGGUUUUUAGGCAGCAUGAUAGGCACUCUUUAUGUGUCUAUGGGGCUCCAUAGCUAUAUCCUUUCUGUUCUCUUCUCUGUGAUUCAGGUUAUGGCAUUGCUGUACUAUGCAGUUUCAUAUUUUCCUGGUGGAUCUACUGGACUUAAGUUUCUAUCAUCAUCUAUGGUUUCUUCAGUAUUGAAAUGCUUUGGAAGGUGACAUUAGCAAAAAUGUUUCUGGGAGAUCUUUUUUAAUGAAGUUUUAAAAGAAGCAUGUCUGUAACUGGUCUAGGGUCCAUAUCUUUUUGUUGGUAGGCUGACUGUUUCUCAACUCUGUAAGCAUCCAAUUUUUUCCCAGAAUUAUGUGUCACUCGUUGUAUAUUCUGUUUUUGGCAUUUGAGUAUUGAUUGAGUCAUUAUUUUCAGUUAAAGCAAAUUAGCAGUCCAUAGAAAGUUAAAACAUGAUGGCAUGAUGCAACAACUUUCCGCAUACAAAAACUUAGCACAGAAUGUAGACCAAGUAUAAAGUCAAAAUAUUAUAGGCAUCGUUGAAUCAGGCUGAUCUAUAUCUAGCUGCCCAGUUUUUGUAGGGUGUCAAAGCAUAUAACUGAUGAUACCCCUCCAGCCAUCCAAGAGCUUGAUGCUGAUGUUGGCAGUAUAUCAGACCAAAAAAGAAAAGCCUUUGUAGAGCCUCAAAAGAAAAGAGAAAAAGAAAACUUCCUCAAGAGUUCUAAGUUUCUAACUAGUAAACUAACCAAGAAAAGUAAAGGAAGUCAUAUUUGCUUAAAAGAAAAUGUGGACUCUGGCUUGAAUCCUUUUCUGAUUCUGGCAUAAUCCUAGAAAGGGCAUCAUUUUGAUUUGAGUUUCUCAUUGAAGCUUCCAUGCAUAAAAGAUGUGGCAGAAGUCUGUGCUUGGGUAAUCUUCAUCAGCAUCUGUUAGACUGUUACUGGCUUCGUCUUUGUUGGUACUUUGCUUGAAAAUGAAAAUCCCAGGCCCAGCAUUGGCACUAUCAUAUAGCCAAUCAUGCACAUCCCAGAACACCUCUACUGGUACAUCAUCUACUGUUAUUGUCUCAUUACCCCUGAAUCUCCAAUGCAGAUUCACAAUUCGAAUACACUCCAUCCCAUCAACACUAAUCCACAUCUCGGGCUCAGUGCCUGACAUGGCAGACUCUAUGACGAUGAUAUGUUCCUUUUUCCUUUGCCCUAACAGUGUUCUGGUGGAAAAGCAUGUUUUUGCACAUGCACUUUCCUUCUUGUGCACUAGGGCUGCACCCACCAGGGAUGGCUUUGACUUGGUUCUUUGCACAGCUUCUUUCUCUUGAUCACCUAGCAAUAACACCAACUCUCCUCCUAUCGCUAAUGCAACAUAGUAGUUUGAUACAGCUUCAGGGCUGCUGGAGAAUUUUGCAGACUUUACAUCCCAAUAAAUGUCUAGUCGUUUUCCAUCUACCUUGAAGGUCUUGUAACCCUUUUUUCCCCAGAACUGCCAGGUUUUGAGGUCAAUUUUGCAGGUAUAGUGGUUUUCUUCAUAAGUGUUUUCUACAACGACGAAGAGGGUGUGGCUGACCAGAUUCUUGGACCAGGUAAUUGUAAUGCUGCGAAAUAAAUCUGCAAUCUUGGCUACGUAAAUACAGAAAAUACUACACCAUCUAGUUGUACAGACAGAUACUAUUAAGCAUAUCAAUAUUACCACUACUCCUGAUACAGAAAAUACUGCACCAUGCACAGGAGUCAAGUGGUAGACAAAACACGCAACAACAGAGAAUUCAACUAUGAUGGGAGGUAUACUCGAUCUGCUAUUGCUUUCGUUAUGAGGUUAGACUAUUCGAGUUUACAUGUUAUUUGUGUAUCCUCUGCUCCCUUCUCAUCUGAUUGGUCUCUGAUUCAUACUCAAAUUCCAAUGGCAGUUUGAGCAUUCUCAAAUACUUGAAAACAAAAUCUCAUAUUUGCAACCUGAUAUCUGAAUGUUCAUACCCCAGCCCCACAGAACUUGAGCUUUUUUCAACAAAUUUUGCAGAACUACAAAGGGUAUCAUGCAAUCAUGCAUGACAAAUCAUGAUAACACACCCAUCUUCACCCAUACGCGGAUUCACAUUGGAAAACAUCUUUAUCUUAUGAUAAAAAAAAAAAAAAAGUUGGCUCUUUUUGUUUCCCCCCUCCUUUUUGGUUGCAGAUUAUGAUAUAUUGGCACAACUGCGAGGAAUGAGAAAGAUUGAUGUUACCUUGGCAAAAAAUGUGAUCUUGAAUCCUGGUGAUGAUCGAAGCUGAUGAAUUUCCAACAUAAACAAAUCUUGCCUGAAAUGCAGAAAAGAGAAUUUAACAAGCAGCCUUAUCCAUUUAUGUAUCAGAAAUUCAGAAUUUCUCUGCAGAUGGAAGAUGGGAUUGAUUGAAGAUUUGUGAAGAAGAGGGGGUGAAUCAUGAAA